UGCUUUUCGUCCCCUUGACGUCAGCAGCGCUGUUAUUGCAAAGUCACUGCGACGGUUUGACUGUAAACAAGCUGCGGGCCCAGCAGAACAAUAGUCCCCUCGGCGGGGUUACCGUUGCCGCCGUGGUGUCUUCGUGGUUCCGGGUGUUGGUUGUGGAUCUGUGGAAAGACACCGAGACCCCGCUGGUCUCAUUUUGCCCGCGAACAGCUCGUUUAGCCUCACAAGGCUCGCGCAGCUAGCUGCUAAAGCUAACGCUAGCUGCUAAAGCCAGAGCUAGCUGCAGCUAGCUUGUUCGCUUAGCUCACUGGCGUUUCAUCUCCCGAGGAGAACACCCGCAUGUCCAGAGAGUCUCCCUUUCUCCGUGUCGAGUCCAGCGACAGAGAACCCUGGGGGGCUGGUCAGAGCAGCCUCCUCCAACCAUGGAGGCAGGAGGUCAAGACUGUGAGGAGGAGAUCCUGCAGACGGCUUUCAAGAAACUGAAAGUGGAUGCUGAGAGAAUCCCAGGACCUGUGAGCGUUACCGAGGCAACAAAGGCCAAAUUCAGCUGCACAAAGGAGCACUGGCACUGUUGUACUAGAAAAUCCACCAGAGGAGCGUCCAGGAGCCAGCGGCGCCGGAGGUCCAAGUCCCCCAUCCUCCACCCUCCCAAGUUCACGUACUGCAGCGCCAGCACCGCCUCGGUGCUGCCACCAUCUGGUGGAUGUCCCAAACAGCAGCUCAUGGCUGUGCCAGCGCCGGGAGAUCUGCAUCCAGCCUGUGAUGAGAAGACCGCUCCGGCGGUGGCCCCCCCGCUUCCUGUGACCCCCCCUCUGGGCUUUGAGUCUAGUUCUGGUUACGACACGGAGCAUGGAGGUGUGGGUUCUGCUGCAGCUGCCCCCAGGUGGGAGGCUCCCAGUUCUUUACCUGUCCAGGUGUGCAAAGAAGGCGGCCCUGAUAAAAGUGCCUGUGAUGGAGUGGAUUGUGGAGCGGCAGCACAGUGGAGGUCCAGAGCUCCAGAUUCUGCAGAUUUCCGUGCUUUAUCUGAGCUCCACAGUCGCAGCUGUGCAGAGAUCCCCGGCGUCUCCUGCUCCUGCUCUCACGCCGCAUGCUCGGACGCCCAGGAGGAGAGCGGCCAGGACGGCAGACUUCCGUGCAGCUGCAGCGCCUCUCGUCAGGGAUGGGCCGGCGUGGAGGUGUACUCCUUCACCGGGCUCCGCAAUGUCAUCUCAGAGUGUGAGCAGGGCCUGCCGGUCCAGGAGGACAGAUGCAGAACUCUGAGCAGCACGACUCUGUCGUCUGGAUCGCCUCGCUCCUGCUCAGAACAGGCUCGGGCCUAUGUUGAUGACAUCACAAUAGAGGACCUUUCUGGGUACAUGGAGUAUUAUCUUUACAUCCCCAAGAAGAUGUCACACAUGGCUGAGAUGAUGUACACUUAAGAGCCACUUCCAUGGUUUUAACGAACAAAAAUAAAGAAGCUUCUUGUCUGUGUGGAGGAGAGGGAAGAUACAGGGUUCACACUGAUGCAACUCUCACUGAUUUGAUCUGGCACUGACACAGUUCUACCGACUGCUUCUCGGUAGCUGGGACUUUUGCUGAUCAGCUUUUUUAAUUGAUCAUUUUCAAAUGAAGUUGCCAAAACUCCUGAGAUGAGAGCAGCUUUGAAAUCUGCUGUGACUGUAGUAUUUUCAGCUCCAGGUCACCCGUUUGAGUUUCAGUCCAUCCAAUAAAGAUGCUUUUUCUGUGCCAA